AUGGAUAGUGCGCAGCUCCGAGGCUUCGAAGCAUUGCCAAACGAGCUUCUAUACGACAUAUUGCAAUCAUUCACCACAGAACAUGUCUUGACCUUCGCUCCAGUUUCACGUAGAUUUCAUUCGAUUUGUGUCAGAAUCCUGCAGAACCGCUUGACCGCUGCUGCUACCUUGCUUGACCAUAUUUUGAUGCUCGAGUUAUAUCCACCAAGUGCCAGACUGACAGCUGGUAAGCUGUUCUGCACAUCGCUAGGUACCUCGGGUCUGGACGAUGAGUCCCUAAAGAGUCUCCCUGACUCGGCAAGGAUCGGUCAUCUGGGUAAAGCAGUGUAUUCGAGAUUCAGACCUCAACAUCAAGAGAUUCGAAGGCCUUCUCUCAAACAUCCUGCUGGCGACAUUCCAGGCUCGAGGACUCAUCCGAGUUCUGCUGACCCAAGCAUCCACGUUCACAAUACAGAGAGCAAUCUGGUUUCUCAACAAGUAUCUCUGGAUGCGGAUGAGCUUUUCACUCAACUGAUCGCGACGCUCAUGCUAGUCAAGCCUGGACCACGUCCAGACACGAUACUUACAGCUGUCGAGGUUUCCGAGGGUACCAUCAGAGUCUGGAGAGACUGGCUGGCCAAGCAGACUAACGCGGGCGUCAACUCGACUUCUAGUACUCCACCAAGUGAGCCGUCUAUUCUUUGGGUUACCAACACAGCAAACAAUGCUGUUGGUGUCAAAUUUCGAGUAAAGGAAAGGAAGUGGAAGAGGGACAAUCCUGUCUUGUUCUCUUCCGAAGAGGAAAUCGCAGUUUCGUACACGGUCGAUCUCGAAGAGGUUGUAUUGAGGACGUCGCAUUUGUUGUUCAUGGUGGAAGAAUCGCUGAGGGAACAGUACGAACCACUCAGUAGGCAGUUGUAUUUGAGACCGGUAUGA